AUGUUUGGAUUUGUAUCUCUUGUUUAUAAUGCAGCAUAAUUGAUUGGAUGGUCAGCAAUAUUGGGAUUGGUGAUAUUGGAGUUAGUGAAUGGCACUGAAAAAACAGGCUAGAUUGUUUGGUUAGUGUAAGUGAUGUAGAUAUCUCAGACCUAUGACUUAAUUUCUAAUAUUGUUGGGUAUGAUAUUGGGAUUAUGGUAGAUUGACAUCUGGUUCAUUGAUUAGCAAUGUUCUUUAAUUAGGAGGUAGACUUGUGGUGGCUUUGUUGUUUAUGUAUGAGGGAGUAUGCUUUUGCUGUUUGAUCAAUGCAGUGAUUGCCUGGUCUUUGGCUGAAAUCAUUAGAUUCUCUUAUUACUUAUUCAAGAAUAAUUCAUUGUUCAAGACUCUUAGAUACAAUGCUUUCAUGGUCUUGUAUCCAGUUGGAAUUUUGGGAGAGUUGAGAACUGUGAAUCAAUCCUUGGCUGUUUAUGGUGAUAUCUAAAUUAGGGGAUUGUAAACGAUUCUGAUUUGUAACAAUUGACAAUUAAUUAGAGUGGGAGGAUUCUUCAUGUAUGCCUAGAUGUUGAAUGCCAAGAGCAAACAUUCGAAGUAGACAGCAGUGGAUCAAAAGCAGAAUGUGAAACAGAGAUCGAAUAGUCCAGUCAAUAGACCAAAGAGAGAAUGAGUAGUAUUUAUAUAUUAAAGGGAU